GCCAACAUCUACCUAUUUAGCCUAUCGCCAUUUCGGAAUAAAGAUUUGUUUUAAGACGCAUUGACAUUUCCCGAUCCCAUCGUGAUUUAGACAGUAUCGCUUAUCGUACGAAAAUAUUUUUCUAGGUAAUAAGUAGAAAAAUGGGCGAAGAUUAUAACGGAGAUCGAGAUCGCCAAGAUCGGGACAAGGACAGGGAUAGGGACAGAGAUCGUGAUAGGAGACACAGGUCUCGUAGUAGAGACCGUAGGAAACGUUCGCGUUCACGUUCCAAGGAUCGGAGAGACCGAAAAAGGAGUAGUUCUCCUAAAAAGAAUCGUAGCUCUAGAAGAAGAAAGCCAUCUCUUUACUGGGAUGUUCCACCUCCUGGAUUUGAGCACAUUACACCUCUACAGUAUAAAGCAAUGCAAGCCGCAGGACAAAUACCUGCAAAUAUAGUGGCGGAUACACCACAAGCAGCUGUCCCAGUAGUCGGUAGUACAAUAACUCGACAAGCAAGAAGACUUUAUGUAGGAAACAUUCCAUUCGGUGUGACUGAAGAAGAAAUGAUGGAGUUUUUCAAUCAACAAAUGCAUCUCUCCGGACUCGCGCAGGCUGCUGGAAAUCCAGUAUUAGCGUGUCAGAUUAAUUUAGACAAAAACUUUGCUUUCUUAGAGUUUCGUUCGAUAGACGAAACAACACAAGCUAUGGCGUUUGAUGGCAUCAACUUCAAGGGGCAGAGUUUGAAAAUAAGAAGACCACACGACUACCAACCGAUGCCGGGAAUGACUGAUAAUCCAAGCAUGAACGUGCCAGAUUCUCCACACAAGAUCUUCAUUGGUGGUUUACCCAAUUAUUUGAACGAAGAACAGGUGAAGGAGUUAUUAAUGAGCUUUGGGCAACUAAGAGCAUUCAAUCUAGUAAAGGAUUCAGCUACAGGUCUAUCCAAGGGUUAUGCAUUCUGCGAGUAUGUUGAUGUGUCGAUGACUGAUCAAGCGAUUGCUGGAUUAAAUGGAAUGCAGUUGGGAGACAAGAAACUGAUUGUUCAACGAGCUAGCGUAGGUGCCAAAAAUCCUAUGAUCGGCGCACAGGCUCCAGUUCAAAUUCAAGUGCCUGGAUUGUCUAUGGUGGGCACAAGUGGACCAGCAACUGAGGUGCUUUGCCUAUUAAAUAUGGUAACUCCUGAGGAACUAAUGGAAGAAGAAGAAUACGAAGAUAUUUUAGAAGACAUUAAAGAAGAAUGUAACAAAUACGGCGUAGUUCGGUCCGUGGAAAUACCCAGACCUAUAGAAGGUGUUGAUGUACCUGGAUGUGGAAAAGUGUUCGUCGAAUUUAAUAGUGUGAUCGACUGCCAGAAAGCACAGCAAACACUUACAGGACGAAAAUUCAAUAACCGUGUUGUUGUGACAGCCUAUUUCGAUUCCGACAAGUAUCAUAUAAUCUAA